CGUGUAUGUUCUUCGAAUCCAGAGCCAGUAAUCUAACUCGUCAUUUAGCCCUCCCCUCACAUCACGGAAGUAGCAAGCCCUUGUCCCACACAACUUUUCAUCCUCAGUGAGGACGAUACUCUCUGCUGUCACCAGCAAGACUGGAAACAGAGAACUUGAUCAAAGUCUGCAUUCCUGUGUUGUUGUUUUUCUUUUAGAACAAAGAGUUUGAGAUGCGAAUUUUUUUUAAGGCAAGCACUAUCUUGUCUAUUUGCUUUGAGAAAUAAGUUGUCAGAGUAUCUGCUCUGUACCAAUAAGACAGAACACAGUUGAGAUCUACCGACUUCAGCCUUCUACCUAGUGGCCUAGAAAUUCCAGUGUCCUCAUUGGCAGAGGCCAUUUACUUCUGUUUGAAAGCUGUCUAAAAAUCCUGCUCCUCACCCCAAAGGAAGCUACAGGGUGCCAUGGCCAGGCGAGUCGCAGUGAUUGGGGCGGGUGUGAGCGGCCUGUCCUCCAUCAAGUGCUGCUUGGAUGAGGAUCUGGAGCCUACCUGCUUUGAGAGAAGUAAUGACAUCGGGGGACUAUGGAAGUUUACUGAAACUUCUAAAGAUGGGAUGACCAGGGUCUACAGGUCAUUAGUGACAAACGUCUGCAAAGAGAUGUCAUGUUACAGCGACUUCCCCUUCCAAGAAGAUUAUCCAAAUUACAUGAACCAAGGAAAAUUUUGGGACUAUCUCCAAGAAUUUGCUGAGCACUUUGACCUUCUGAAAUACAUUCGGUUUAGGACCACAGUAUGCAGUGUCACGAAGCGUCCAGACUUCUCUGAAACUGGUCAGUGGGAUGUUGUCACAGAGACAGAGGGAAAGCGGGACCGAGGUGUCUUUGAUGCUGUCAUGGUUUGCACUGGACAUUUCCUGAAUCCUCACUUGCCUCUGGAGUCCUUUCCUGGUAUUCAUAAAUUUAAAGGCCAGAUCCUGCACAGUCAGGAAUAUAAGAGCCCAGAAGGCUUUCAAGGCAAACGCGUGUUAGUGAUCGGUCUUGGGAACACUGGAGGGGACGUGGCAGUGGAACUCAGUCGAACGGCAGCUCAGGUACUUCUCAGUACUAGAACUGGUGCCUGGGUGAUCCACCGCUGUUCAAAUGGGGGUUACCCCUAUAAUAUGGUGAUUACAAGAAGAUACCUUAAUUUUAUGGCGCAAGUUCUGCCCUCGUGUGUACUAAACUGGAUUCAAGAGAGGCAAAUGAAUAAAAGAUUUAACCAUGAGAAUUAUGGACUAAGUAUUACAAAGGGGAGAAAACCAAAAUUCAUUGUGAAUGAUGAACUGCCAAUCUGUAUCCUCUGUGGGACGGUCACUAUGAAAACCAGCGUGAAGGAGUUCACGGAAACCUCUGCUGUCUUUGAGGACGGAACAGUGGAGGAAAACCUCGACGUUGUGAUCUUUACGACAGGAUACACAUUUUCUUUUCCCUUCCUUGAAGAGCCUCUCAAAAGCCUUUGUACAAAGAAGAUAUUCCUGUAUAAGCAGGUCUUUCCUUCAAACCUGGAGAGGGCAACGUUAGCUAUCAUUGGCCUCAUCAGCCUUAAAGGAUCCAUCUUAUCAGGCACAGAGCUCCAGGCACGUUGGGCCACAAGAGUAUUCAAAGGACUCUGUAAGAUACCUCCGUCUCCAAAGUUGAUGGCUGAGGCUACGAAAAAGGAGCAGCUCAUAGAAAGGGGUGUGAUGAAAGACAUCAGUAAAGAUAAACUUGAGUACAUCACCUACAUGGAUGACAUUGCCACAUGCAUAGGGACAAAGCCCAGUGUCCCAUUUCUGUUCCUCAAGGAUCCCAGACUCGCUUGGGAAGUUUUCUUUGGACCGUGUACUCCUUACCAAUACCGCCUAAAGGGACCUGGGAAAUGGGAUGGAGCCAGAAAUGCCAUCCUGACCCAAUGGGACAGGACACUGAAACCCUUAAAAACUCGAAUCGUCCCUGAUUCCACAAAGCCUGCCUCCAUGUCACAUUAUUUAAAAGUUUGGGGGGUACCUAUCCUACUUGCCUCUCUUCUGCUGAUCUGUAAAUCUUCACUUUUUCUGAAGUUGGUGCAAGAAUUUCCUCUUACCAGUAAGUAUUUGGUGAGGAUGAAUCUGAUUGGUUACAAGGGUUGUCCCGAGCCAUAUUAAUUCUAUCUCCAAAUAUUUGUGCAUCCCUCCUCUCCUCUCCAUCAUAACCGCUAUCUUUCAAGUUCAAGUCAUUUCUUACCUGAAUUAUUAUACUUACUGCCUUCCUCUCUAGUCUCAGUGGCUCCUUUCUUGCCUCCCUUUCCAAUCCAUACUCUACUCUGCUACCUAAGCAAUUAUGUAAAAUAAAAAUAUUGUCAUUGUUUCCAUAAAAAUGCUGGUUGGAAUAAGAUGACACUCAAA